AGAGCAUGAAGGCCCCUGCCUCGGCUGCAGGCUCACCGCCCUCAGCCCACUCGGCCGCAGCCUCACCAGGGUCGUGGGCCCCCUGGCUUCAAGGACAGUAGGGGAAAACGACUUAGCGACUUAGCACCGUGAGAGACAGGGAGUUGGCGGAGUUUCUCUUAAUGGGGGAGAGAGGCGAAGGCCACGCGGGAUCAGGGCUCCAGUUCACGUACCCAGAGGGGCCCGGAGGCCUGGCGCAGCAGCAGCGGGAAUGAUUUUGCAUGUGAAACUGUGUGGAAAUCCAAAAUACCCCCAGUCACACCUCUCCAGCGCUGUGGUGGCCCCUGAUGAAGUAACAGUGAAUUAUCGACAUGGCCUUCCCUUGAUAACACUCACUUUGCCAUCCAGAAAAGAGCGCUGUCGAUUCGUAGUCAAACCAAUGUUGUCAACAGUUGGCUCCUUCCUUCAGGACCUCCACCACGAAGACAAAGGUGUCAGAGCCGCAGCCAUCUUCACAGCAGACGGCAGUGAGAUUCCAGCUUCGACCUUGAUGGAUGUUUUGCUGAUGAAAAACUUUAAACUUGUCGUUAAUGAAAGAGCCUAUGUCGUACAGAGUCCCGAGGGAGAGAAACCAAGUAGGGAGCCCUUGAGGGAGAUGGAAAACGCGUACUCCUUGGUGCACAGGCUGUUUUCGGUCCUGCACCCAGAGGAGUCCCAGAAGGAGACGGAGCACCGCUUGCUGGUGAGGAUUGACCACCUGCAGGCACAGCUGCAGCCACUGGAGCAGGUGAAGGCUAGAAUUGAGGCUCGAGCGGAAGCCAACACCAGCAGGCUGCUGUGGGCCGGCCUGGCACUGCUGUCUGCCCAGGGGGGCGCACUGGCCUGGCUCACCUGGUGGGUGUACUCCUGGGACCUCAUGGAGCCUGUCACCUGCUUCCUCACCUUCGCAAACUCCAUGGCCUUCUUUGCCUACUUCAUAGUCACGCGGCAGAACUGUACUUAUCCCACCGCUAGGAGGAGGCAGCUUCUUCACAUCUUCCACAAGUGGUCAAGGCACCAGCGCUUCGAUGUGCAGCAGUACAGCGAGUUGAAGGACGAGCUGGCCAAGGCUAAAGAGUCCCUGAAACGUGUCCGCUGCUCAGUCUACCUGGGGCUGCAGGUAGAGGAACUCAAGGAGAAGAAUUAGCUUUUGCUUUUUUGUGAACGUCACCAGAUUUUUCCAUGAUGUUCUGAUUUCAUAACAUGCGAAUGGCACAUUAUUGAGUCUCAUUGUACAUUUCAGUUUGACUGUUUCAGACUUUCGUAGUUGUGAGAAACUGCAGCCCUGUCUUUUCUAUCAAAGGAUACAAACAGGAGUGGCCCGUCUUAGACCCCAGUCCACCCUAGGCAGCCCCUCCUUCUACCCUGAAAUUAUGAGAAACGCCUGCUCCGCUCACAUUUGGGAAACAUACCUGAGACCCACACAGCUUCACAAUAGCCAAAGACCUCGGGAUUCCCCACCCUCCCCUCCUCCUAGUCUGUCCCCUCAGAAGCCCUUAGCACCCCCUCAGGCCCCUGGAACUAGCCAGCCGAGAGACAGUGAGCCUUUGGGUCCAGCCAGUGAAUUUAAAGGAGGGCUGCUUGCCGUGUGUGCCAGCUUAAAACCCUGCUUCCUGGCGCAGGCCACGCUUGCUGCCUCCUGUUGGAGUACGCUCGAGCCCUUCUGCAGAAGUAAACUUUGAACUUUCCCCUGUGGAGUUCUGUGGCUUGCUGUCUGAGUGCAUUCUUUCUGGCACCCACAGUUUGAGUCUGGGAGCUCAUUUCUAACAGUAGUUAAUACACUGGUGUAAAAGAGGGGCAUUCUUGGGUGUUUCCCCUUGUGUUUCUUGGCAUACAGGUUUGCUGGCUUGUUCCUGCCGGAGCCGCCAGGGACUGAAUCCCCACCCGCCCUCCCCCGGCCACAGUGAGGAACCUGGCUUCGCCCACCUCGCCCUGGGGCUGCCUGUGGACUCAGGCUGGCAUUCACUUCUCCCUGCGCGGGCAGUAGUUGGAAGUCGUGCCUUCAUCAUUUAAGAACCCCGGACCAAAAUGUGAAGCUGCAGCUCUGGACUCAACUCCGCAAUUCAGUUCUCCAAACUUAAGCAUGUCACCGUCUUCAUCCUAGCAGGGAUCAGCAGGGUUAGUCAGAUUAAUCUAUCAUUUAAAAGAAUCGAACCUUGUAGGAGACCAGCGGAACCCACACUGAGCAGGGUUUAGAUAUUAUUGAUUUGGCUUUUGAAUUUUGUUACUGAUUAAGACUAUGAAUCACUCUAAGGCCUAAGUGUGAAUUGCUAAUUGACCUUUCCGCUGGUGUUUGGAGCCAGACUUCCUUAUGCCUACAGUCAUAAUUGAAGUUUCAGUAAUUGAUGAGGUUGUGACAUCUCUACUGAGAAAACACUGUAGCUGAGGAAUUAUGACUCUGCAGCCAUUCUCUAAGGUCAAACAUUAGCAAGAUAAUGCAGACAGCUUGUUAGCUGUGACCUUCACAAGUAUACAUGGCUACUCCCUUUCCGAGCCUGGCUCAUUAAGUACAUUAAUUCUGCUAUUCCUUACAUAUGUCUUCAUGUCCUGUUGUUAUUAUUGUAGACAGUUGAUUUAGGAGACUGGAUUUUUUAUUUUUUUGGUACCGGGGAUCGAACUCAGGUCCUUGCACUUGCGCAGCAGGUGGUGGAACCACUGAGCUAAAUCCCUGGCCCAAAUAUUCUUUUUUUUUUUUUUUUGGUACCCAAGAUCGAACUCGGGACCUUGUGCUUGUGAGGCCAGCACUGGAACCACUGAGCUAAGUCCCUAGCCCAACAAUUGAUUUAAAUAGAAAUAUUAUAGGCAGCCAGAUAGGGCUAGGUGCUCAAGAGAGUCAGGUCAAAGGUGAAACACACCACAGCUAUGACUUGAGACCUCAGUUGGAAAUUGAGCCUUAAAAUACAGACAAGAUGAGCAGACCUGCAUACUUCCACAAAGAACCAACACUGGGCCUGAUGAAGUCCAGGUAGACCAUCAGCCACCCCAGUGGUGACCAGAGACUUCACUUCCUAGGAGAAUCUGUUCUUUCCAUGCACACUGGUUACUGACUUGUUUCCCAAUUGGACCACCAUUACCUAAGUGACUGUUCUUGUAGCCUCAUUGGAUGAUCACGGCUGUGGCCCAUGUACCCACGUGGGUUUUGCUGUAAAACUCCCUUAUUGAGUGGGGACCGUGGAAUCCCACUCAGGACCCCUCCUGCCCCUCAGGAGCUUUUCUAUCAAUAAAUACCUUCCUACUCUUAA